CACAGUACAAGGUUCAGUAAGGUUUCCUUGGACAGUAACAAUGUAUCAUGCAGGCUUGUUCCUUGCAGCGCUGUGCUGUGCUGCUCUGGCUAUACAGGGGUAUGGAGCUCCUUAUAAUGCCACAGUAAGAAUGGUCACUACAGAAAGAACCAAAACACAGGGCAACAGCACUGUAGGUCCUCAAGGAGCAAAUGGGACCAUGCAGCCUACUGUAUAUGCAGAGGAAGAUCUGGGGGAACCUCUUCCCAAGGACAGAAGGAUGAGGUUAUCAGAGGAGAAGUCCCCUGACAAAAAAGCCAAGGUGGUCUCGAAAAAAAAGGUUAAGAUAGUAAAGAUGGUGAAAGUGCUGAAGAAGCUGAAGGAAGAGACCAAUACAUCCGAAGGAGUUGGAGAAGAACGGUGUCCACCGCUGGGGCUGGAGUCCAUGAGAGUCUCUGAUUAUCAGCUGCGAGCCUCGAGCACCAAACGCUUUGGUCUGGGGGCUCAUCGUGGUCGCCUAAACAUACAGUCAGGGAUCUACGAUGAUGAUUUUUAUGAUGGUGCCUGGUGUGCAGAAGAGAAAAACAAGAAGCAGUGGUUUGAAGUGGAUGCCAGAAGACUCACUCGCUUCACUGGAGUCAUCACUCAGGGAAAGAACUCCAUAUGGACAGAUGACUGGGUGACAUCAUACAAAGUGCAGGUCAGCAAUGAUACACACACCUGGGUGACGUGCAAGAAUGGGACAGAGGAAGUGAUCUUUCCAGCUAACAAAGAAACUGAGAUCCCUGUGCUAAACCUUCUGCCGACCCCAACGGUCGGACGCUACAUCAGGAUCAACCCUCAGACUUGGUUUGAAAAUGGCACCAUCUGUUUGAGGGCGGAGAUACUCGGAUGCCCCUUACCAGAUCCAAACACUGUGUUUUUAUGGGAGCAUGAACCUCAGCCGACAGAUAAACUGGAAUUUAAACAUCACAACUACAAGGAGAUGCGCAAGUUGAUGAAGGCUGUGAAUGAAGAAUGCCCAGACAUCACCCGAGUCUACAGCAUUGGGAAGAGUUACCUGGGCCUGAAAAUGUACGUCAUGGAAAUAUCCGACAACCCAGGAGAGCAUGAACUUGGAGAGCCCGAGUUCCGUUAUGUAGCUGGGAUGCACGGCAAUGAGGUGGUGGGACGGGAACUUAUGCUGAACCUAAUGCAGUACUUGUGUCACGAGUACAAGAAAGGCAACCCACGUGUCACGAGACUGGUGACAGACACACGUAUACAUCUGCUGCCCUCAAUGAAUCCAGAUGGAUAUGAGCAAGCCUACAAACUGGGAUCAGAGCUGUCCGGAUGGGCCAUUGGCCGUUGGACCUACCAAGGGAUUGAUCUGAACCAUAACUUUGCGGAUCUGAACACUCCUCUGUGGGAAGCUGAGGAUAAUGAAGAAGUCCCUCAUAAGUUCCCAAAUCAUUAUAUCCCAAUACCGGAGUACUACACCCUGCCCAAUGUCACGGUAGCGCCAGAAACUCGCGCAGUCAUUGACUGGAUGCUGAAGAUCCCCUUUGUCCUUAGUGCCAACCUGCACGGCGGGGAGCUGGUGGUCACGUACCCCUUUGAUAUGACCCGCUCUUACUGGUUAGCCAAAGAGCUGACUCCAACAGCCGAUGAUUCUAUGUUUCGCUGGCUGGCCACAGCGUACGCUACUAGUCACCGCCUUAUGUCAGAUGAUAAGCACAGGAUCUGUCACACAGAUAACUUUAUGAGAGAAGGCAACAUCAUUAAUGGCGCUAACUGGCAUACAGUGUCUGGCAGUAUGAAUGACUUCAGUUACCUUCACACCAACUGUUUUGAGACCACAGUGGAGCUGUCCUGUGACAAAUUCCCACAUGAAGUGGAGCUUCCAACAGAGUGGGAGAAUAAUAAGGAGUCUCUUUUGGUUUACAUGGAGCAGAUUCAUCGUGGGAUUAAAGGUGUGGUGAGGGAUAAAGACAACGAAAAGGGAGUUCCUGAAGCUGUUAUAGUGGUGGAAGGCCUGAACCACGAUAUCCGUACAGCACUUGAUGGGGAUUACUGGCGUCUUCUCAACCCUGGUGAAUAUGAGAUCACUGCAAAGGCUGAGGGAUACCACCCAUCCACCAAGACGUGCCAUGUCACUUAUGAAAACCACGCCACCAUCUGUGACUUUUAUAUCUCCAAGACUCCAAAACAACGUCUAAAAGAACUUCUCGCCAAGGGAGGGAAGCUCCCAAAAGAGCUCAUUUUACGACUGCGCCAAAUACGGAACAAAAAGCUUAAGUCCAGGAGCCCCAAAUGAAAGUGUUUCUUGCGUUACUGGAGAUAAAGAGAUACAGCUGAAUUAAUUGAGCUCAGAAAGCUUCAGGCUAUUUUUCGUUUAGUUCCAUUUUUAAUGAACACUUGGAAUGCAGAGGCAUCUGGUUAUAAAUGAGUUCAGAUGCAGCAAUACAGAUUAUACCUAGAAUCUCUUAAACUGAAAUGUGAAAGCUGUAGGCAGAUAAAAUAUCUGAGACGUGCGGAAACCAAAUAAUUAUAAAAUUCAGAGUAUUUUUUCUUGCAGAGUUAAAAUAUCAUAACAAUAAUUUGUAUCUAUUUACACAGCUUUCCUUUAUAGGUAAAUGUCCUACACUAGAUGUCAAAUCAUGAUGAUAUAGAUGAACUUUAUAAAGCCCAAGAUUACUUCUUAAAUCAUAACUCCUAAAGAAAACCAUUUAUACCUUUCUUCUGAGAUUUUAUCACUUAUCUCAGCUCAAAACAUUUGAAUAUGGUGAAAUAUUUUUACCUUAAAAAUGUGAAGUAAACAAUGUUUACAUUAAAUACGAACCUAAUACAGUUGUA